UGAGUUUUGUUUUGAUUUCAUUUGAACCACCACACACGUGUUGUAGUAUUUGUUAAAACAGAAUUUUUGUUUAAAAUUAUUAAGAAAAUUAAUUAAAAAUGACCAUACAAAUAGAUAAAAAACAUUUGCAAACGUUUAUGCGUUCGGAAAAUGAGAAAAUCAUUGAUUUGCUGUUGACAUACAAUGUGCCAGAUUCAAUAGAAGAUAACGAUUGCGAUGCCUACCUACUGACCAACAGUAAAACAGUCUCGAAAUCUAUGCCUGCCAAACAGAAAGCCUCCUCCAUCGAUGAGUUGGAAGAUCGUUUAAAUACCAUUAAAAAUAAAAUGAAAACGAAAAAGGGACCUAUUUCGGAAAAGUCACGCAAGAAAAAAGAAGCCAAAAAACUAAAGAAAAAUAAAGAAUUCAAAAAAGUACUCAUCUCCGCCGCCAAAUCCAUGAAGAAUGAACACUCCAAGCACUCUAACGGCGACGAGGAGGAACAGGAAUCCAAACAAGACAUUAAACCCGUCAUGGCCAAACCGGUCUUCAAUGAAGACGGUAAAAUAGUUUUCUCUAAAUUUGAUUUUGCCCAAAAGAAAAAGAAAUCCCAUCAAAAUCCUCGUGAAAUUUUGAAGAAAAUCAAAGACACCGACAAGAAAAUCGCCGAAUUGAAGGAAAUGGGUGAAACAGAAAAGGCGUUGGAAAUGAAAAAUGAUAUUGCCUGGAAGAAGGCUUUCGAUAAGGUGGACGGUAAAAAGGUUAAGGAUGAUCCUAAGCUUUUGUACAAGGCCAUCAAGAAGCGCAAGGUGGAGAAGAAGAAGGCCAAGAAACAAUGGACGGAUCGUAAGCAGAAAGUGGAACAUGAUAUUGCUUCACGCCAAAAGAAACGCAAUGAAAAUAUUAAUAAACGUAUUAAGGAUAAUCAAAAUAGAAAACUUAAAAAGGCCACAAAGAAGGGCAGAAUUAUACCGGGUUUUUAAUAAAAUUUUAGAUUUUUAUAAAAAUAUA